AUCAUGUGUGUAUGGGGACUGGGACACCUAAUUUACACUCGUGUGCUUUUAUUUCUUGGAAAUCGUAUACCAGUUUAUAUAGUGUAUAGUGCAGAUUAUCCUAGUCUAAGGAUAAACAUCAAACUUUAAUGUCAACUUUUUUUGUCAUCCCUACUCACCAAAAAAUUCCAAACCAAAACAUGAAGAGAUCUUUUUUUCUAUAAUUAGGUGCAUUCUAUAUUUUCUAUUUAUGACAAACAAGGUUGUAAUAAUGUAAGAUUCAUAGAUAACGUGUAUUUAAAAAUAUCAGUGAUGGGCUCCAUUCAGAAGCUUAGUCAAAAUAAAUCAAGGUUAGUCUGCGGCUUUUCCCGUAUGUUUGGAACAUCGCCGCAGAUCUUAACGAGCCACUAUGAUGCAUUGGGGAUCACACCAAACGCUACCCAGCGGGAUAUUAAAUCUGCUUACUAUAAAUUGUCGAAACUGUACCAUCCUGACCUGUCUACCGAUGAAGAAUCGGCUAAAAAGUUCAGAGCCAUCACUGAGGCCUAUGAAGUUCUAGGAAAUAUAAAUCUUAAGAAAAUGUAUGAUAAAGGAUUAAUGGUUGGAAGACAUAAUGAUUCCAGGAUAAAGUAUAAACCUGAUGUUGAACCUACAGAUCCUACUUUAAAGUUCUACAAGUCUAGGACAAAACGCCAUAUAACACCAACGAUUGAUGGCAAAACACCUAUAUAUGACUUUGAUGCAUGGUCUAAACAACAUUAUGGAGAAAUAUUUAAAAAAAAUCAACGUGCAAAAAAUAUUAUUAGGACAAAAAAAGAAAAUGCUGAUUUGCAUUCACAAGCACGGCGUCAGGAAUCAAUUGUUUAUUUUAUAUCAGCUGUUGGCUUUCUUUUUAUUGUUUUUGUAGCUUAUGGAACCACAGAUUAUGAUGAAAACAAAUUAGAAAAGUCUAAAAUUAAAGUUGAAUCAGAAAAUGUUUAAGAGUAAUUAGAACAAUUCAUGUGAUAUUUUAGUCAUAGUAAAAUUUGUCUUAUAUUAAUAUAUAUAUAUUGAUAAUCAUAGACAUGUCAUGUAAAUACCUCGUUAAAUAGAAUACCUAUUUUGUUUAAAUAA